AUGGCCUCCUCGUCGGCGUCGCCGCCCUCGGGCUCGUCGGCGCACCAGCAGCUCCUCCAGCAGCAGCCUCAGCCUCAGCGGCGCCGGCGGAGCACCGAGGUGAGCUGCGACUCGAGCGGCAGCGGCGGCGGCGGCAGCGUCACGGUGAGGGUCUGCGCCCGGAGCCCCCCGGGGGCGGCGGCCAAGGCCAGCAUCUCCUCCUCCAGCGGCAGCAGCUCGGGAGACGCGGCGGCGGCGGCGGCGGCGGCGGCCCGGAGAGCCCAGGCGGGCGGCGGGAGAGGCGGCCGGGGCAAGAAGAGAGACCAGGGCGGCGGCGGCGGCGGCGCCUUCGGUCUGGGCCUGGGCCUGGGGCUGGGCCUGGGCUCCCGGCGGCGCUCGACGCGGCUCCCGCAGCUGUUCGAGCGCGCCUCGGCGCAGUGGUGGAACCCCACGUUCGACUCGAGCAACCUGGAGGAGGCCUGCCGGGAGCGCUGCUUCCCGCAGACGCGGCGCCGCUUCCGCUACGCGCUCUCGUACCUGGGCGCGGCGGGGCUGCUGUGGGGCGGCUACUUCGCGCUGCGGCUGGGCCCCCCCGGCGGAGGGCGGCAGGCCCCCUUCGUGGCGCCCGCGCUGGCCUUCCUGGCCGCCUGCCUCGCCUUCUUCGCCUUCACCUUCACGCGCGCCUACGGGCGCCACCCGGCGCGCACCUCGCUGGCCCUCGUGCUGCUCGUCUUCGCCAUCACGCUGGCGCCGCAGCUGCAGGCGCUGGGACCCCCGGCGGGGGGGAGCCCGGACGAGUGGGGGGGUCCGCCCUCGGGGCCCUGCCUGUCGCAGGUGGGCAGCUUCUCCAUGUGCAUCGAGGUGCUGCUGCUGCUCUACACCGUCAUGCACCUGCCCCUCUACCUGAGCUUCUUGCUGGGCCUCUCCUACUCGGUCCUCUUCGAGACCUUCGGCUACUACUUCCGCGAGGAGAGCUGCUUCUCGCCCUUCGGGGAGCGCCUCCUGGCCUGGGACCUGCUCAGCAAAGCCCUGCUGCACGUGUGCAUCCACGCCACCGGCAUCCACCUCUUCAUCAUGUCCGAAGUGCGGUCCAGAAGCACCUUCCUGAAAGUGGGGCAGUCCAUCAUGCACGGCAAAGACCUGGAGGUGGAAAAGGCCCUCAAGGAGAGGAUGAUCCAUUCCGUCAUGCCCAGGAUUAUUGCCGACGACCUGAUGAAGCAGGGGGACGACGAAAGCGAGAACUCCGUGAAGCGCCACUCCACCUCCAGCCCCAAAAACAAAAAGAAAAAGCCUUCUAUACAGAAAAACCCCAUCAUAUUCCGUCCUUUUAAAAUGCAGCAGAUAGAACAAGUCAGUAUUUUGUUUGCGGAUAUUGUGGGCUUCACAAAAAUGAGUGCCAACAAAUCUGCGCAUGCUCUGGUGGGACUCUUGAACGAUCUCUUUGGUCGCUUUGACCGCCUGUGCGAGGACACAAAAUGUGAGAAGAUAAGCACUUUGGGGGACUGUUACUACUGCGUGGCAGGGUGCCCCGAGCCCCGAGAGGACCAUGCUUAUUGUUGCAUCGAGAUGGGGCUGGGCAUGAUUAAAGCCAUUGAGCAGUUUUGUCAGGAAAAGAAAGAGAUGGUGAACAUGAGGGUUGGUGUUCACACUGGGACGGUCCUGUGUGGCAUCCUGGGGAUGAGAAGGUUCAAGUUCGAUGUGUGGUCCAAUGACGUCAACUUGGCCAACCUUAUGGAGCAACUGGGCGUGGCAGGAAAGGUCCAUAUUUCAGAAGCUACUGCAAAAUACUUAGAUGACCGCUAUGAAAUGGAGGAUGGAAAGGUGACUGAGCGUGUUGGUCAGAGUGUGGUUGUAGACCAGCUUAAAGGUAUAUGUAUACGUAUGUGUGUGUGUCUAAAAUGAACUGGUAUACUUCAAUACUUUCCUCCCAUAACAUCUUAUGCUUGUUGUGCUGACAUGGGCAAGUCUGGACACAUCAAGUACAACAUCUGAGAUUCAGAGUUUUAGUUUUGAGGUUGUCCUUGAUGAUUCUUCAAGGAAUGAAAGAUAAGGUAUUUGAUGUCAUAUGCUUGGCGGUUGCAAUGCUUUCUGAUUUUAGAACUGAAGGGCAGUUUUAAUGUUGUAUUUUAAUCGUCUGCCAGAUAUUUUAUAGUUCAUAUACUUUCAUAUAGUCUGUACUUUGGGUGAUUGGGUUUUAAGUGAUUCAUAGGCUUCUAGAAAAAAAUAUGACGUUCAGGAAAAAACUUUGUCUUCAUGCUGAGGAGCAGACUGCAGACACCUCGUAUUAAGGCAGAUUUGCUUUGUGGUUUUUCCAGAAAAAUACUGCUAUUUGGUGAGUUGUAAUGGUUAGAACUUGACUUAUAAAGUACUAACCUAUUUUGUUGAAGCUACAAAUAGAUUUGAGGCCCCCAGUUACAAAUCUGUUCUUUAGAGAACUUGUGGCAGUUUGACAAAUACUUUAGGGAAAAGGCAUAUAUUUUAACGAAUUUCAAAUAGAAGUCAGAACUUAAAAGAAUAUGUGUUAGAUGCUCCUCCGAAAACAGUCAAAUAAUGUUUUGUUUCAGGUACUUUGUACUGUAUUUAUGAGUCUGAAGAACAGAUGAAAGAGCUGAACGUGAGCCAAAAUGAAGUAUUUGAUACUGUUUUAAUUAAUAGUCAGUUUUAGAAACCGUAGGCAAGAGCAGAGUGCACUGGAAGGGAGUCAGCUAAGUGUGAGUAACAGAUGGGGCGUGGAGCAUAAAAUGACAUAAAAUAUGCAAAGCUAAAGCUUCCUCAAGACAGCUUGGAAAAUGUCUCCAUCUUUCCUCCUCUUGAGUUUUCUUAGCAUGGUGAAAUUUAAAAGGCAGAAAGUUUAAAUGUAGUAAUGGACUCAGCCUUCCUUCCUUGACAGCAGAUGAAGGGUACCAGUAAUUGUUAUCUGUAUAAAUUGUUUUGAAUUUCAAACUGUCAUUUGACCUCGACCAAGUCAGCUGCUGUUAGGGCAGCCUGAUUUUUGAAGAAGGUCUGUUCUGUUUAUUCUGUAGCUCCCAGAAGUGUACAAGAUAGGACACACUUUGUUUAUUAUAUAUCUAUUUCUUUAUAACAUUUAUAGUCUGUGUUUCCAGUACAGAAUACUCCUAGGUCAGUAGUUGCAAAUACAGUAUUAACAAUUUAAUAGUGAAAUCGCUCUCUCUCUCUCUCUUUUUAAAGAAAAGGGGUUUCUGGCUCUUCCCGAUGCGGUAGAAAGCCUUUGAUGGGAAUGACUACCACAAAGCGCCUACUUGCUGUUCUAGCAGUACACUUAAGCAUUUAACAAAGACAAGACAUAAUGAGAAGAUUUUCUUAUGUCUAUCCUGCAGAGGAGCAUUGUGCUGUGUAAAGAGAAGCCUUUGUUUUCUGCAGCAACACACUUAACACUGAAUGGAUGUUUAACUUGCAUAUACUGGAUAAAUUCAGUUAAAAACCUGAUUUUAUGGGUAGUUCUAAAUUGGGUUAAGCUUUGUAUAGUGUUAUAUUGAAAAUAUAAUAAACAUAUGCAGGUAAUUAAUGUGGUUAUGUCACUCUCAUGGCUUUUAUUUAGAUUCAGCUCAGUUUAGUGAAAGAGGGAUUAAAGUAUGCAGAAAUGAGCUUUGAAUACUGUUAGUAUACUAGAUGUACUAGAUGCAGGAGUCUUGGUUGCUGCAGUUAACUAUCAUAGGUUCCCCUCUGGAAAACGAAUUCAACAGGGCUUCUGUUUAAGAUGUGCAUAGGGUUGCAGCUUUGGAAAUGUUGAAGGGGUCUUACCUUGAGUGGUGGUGGGUCAGCUUUGUGUCCUGAAGGACUUCUGUGUGUACACAAGCCAUUCUGCUUACUGCUAAAUGUUUUUGACACCAUGUUUGCUGUAGGAAGAUAAUCUGCAGGCCAUUAGGCUGUACCUCAUUGCUAAGCUGGUGGGGAGGGGGGCAGAGUCCUGCUAGCAUUCAGCUAGACGAGAAAAGCCUUACAGUUAUUCGGAUGCUGCAGUGCAGUAGUCCUUGGUGCAGGAUUCCCACUCUUCAUAACAUGUAAAGUGUGUGUGUGCGUGUGUGUGGUGUUUUUUUAAAGCAAACAUUCACACUUGCCAGUGAAAUCAAGUGCUACUGCGUGGGACAGAAAUGCCUACAGUAUUCAAAAAUUGUAAAAUACUGCGGCCCUGUAUUGUAUAAGCCUAUUCUUGCCUUUCUUUUUAUUGUGAGGGAUUAGGAAGGCAGGAAAAGGGAAACAAAAGUCUGUUAAGAGCAGUUUAUGAAAUGUCUUUUUGUUGCCAGAGGAUGGGCCUGACUGUUCCCAAGAGGAGAAGUGAGCCAUGGGAAUAGCUGGCUCGCUGGCAGUAGUAGCUUGCUGCUGUGGUUUGCCUAGUCAUAGUGGAGUGCACAUUUGAGAGAGGGGUUCUACAAACAAGUGGGGAGGAGGGAUAGUAGUGGAAGAAUGGUUUCAGCUUUGUUAACUGUAAUUUUCCUGUAGGUUUGAAAACAUACCUGAUUUCUGGUUUGAAAGUGAAGGAGCCCCACUGCAGCUGCUCACAGAUGCUGCUUCCAGGUCUAGAAGCAGGAGACAGAAGCAAGUUACAGGGAACCUCAUCAGCAGAGAAUGUUGGCAACUUAGCAAAAGGUUUCAGACAGUUGGAAAAAAACAAGGUUUGUCAAAUGUAUUCUUCAAACUUCUAAGGGUUUUUAAUCAGAAACUUGUUUGAGAAGCUUUCGCUGGGGACAUUAAAUAGCCACUUGGGUGGUUGGAGUAGAACUAGGAACAUGUAUCACUGAAUCCUUGAAGAAGGAGAAACAGAAAGAUUUCAUUCUUCAUUUUAUUGCUUAUGAAGCCCUAAAAUGAGAGAGGAACCAUACUGGGUGAUAAUAGCUAAAGUGGAGGGUUGGCUGUGAGAGACCCAGUUCAAAUUCCCAUUCUGCCAUGAAGCUCCCCAGGUGGACAGUUCUCCAUAUCUCAGUGCAACCUCCCUCACCGCAGCAGUGUUAGUGCGGAAAUGCUGCUUUGAGUUCCUCGGAGCAGGUGGCAAAUGGAACAAGGGGGUGGCAGGGAACUCUUGUUCUCAGGUCCUGAUCCUUAAGUACAAUUUGUGGCUUCAGAUCCCCAAAUGUAUGUGGGAAGAGACACUUCUUAGCUGUGCACAAUUUGGUGUGCUCUGCCAAGCAUUUGUUCCUAGUGCAAUAUUUGUUCCAGCUAACCAGUCACUUUUCAGGGUUGCUUUUCUGGUAUCUGCAUGGGAAAAAUAACUGAUUGAAUUUUUUGUGUGUGUGUUGCUUACAAAGUAAAGCAGGUGACAGAGCAGAGACCUUUUGGUUUUGUUUUAACAGAAAAGCAUUCUUUAGCUUAAAUGCUGUGAUGGUAGAGAAACAAGAGUCCAUUGAUUCUAAUGCCUGCCUUAAUCAUACCACUUAAACUUCCUCAUAAAAUAGUCAAUAAAUGUAUCAAAAGCUUGAAAAAGAAGGGAGGACUCUGCCUCAAGGAGCUUGUGAGGAGGAGGAGGAGGGGAUGUCUGUUUCAUUAAGCCAAAGCACAUGCAAACUGAACUGAAGCGUUGUGUAAGGAACAAACUAUAUAUUAUUAAUAAUUUGCAAUGUAUAUUAACAUUUUUAAUAUUAAAAAUACUGUAUACUGGAGAUUGGGUUCCCCACCCCUAUGCUGUUAACUACCCUGGCACCCUUUGGAGAGAAAGGGUGGGAUAUAAGUUUUUUUAUUUGUUAACUAAAAACAAUUGUGUGUUGGCAGGAGCUGAUGGGAGCUGUAUUAAAAACAUCUGGGGUGCACAUUGCUGGUUAAGGGUGUUCCAGAGCCAUUUCGAGUGCAGUCAGUAGCCCUGAGAGGCUUAGGUACAAAUCCCAUAUUCUUUGCUCUGUAGAUACUUGGCCUGUAUGAGCCUUCACAGGGUGGUGGGAGGGGUGAAUAAAUGAAAUGUAAGGUGGUUAUCAGCCUUGAGUUUGAGAUGUAGGUAGGAUGGACAUGCCGUCAGUAUCAACUGAUGCAUUUGUAGUUUGUAAUUCAUAGCAAGCCUGUUAAAUAUUUUCCUCAUCCCUUUAGGCUAUGGUUCUUUGUGUGUUUUCAGUAAAAAGAGGAUAUAGUUAUUUUCAUCUGCAAUUGCAGAUGAAAUAUUAAGGAUUAUGGCAGCGUGGCUGUCCUUCAAAUUUAUAAUGAAUCUUGAAUAAGGUGUUUCAGUAUAGCCCUGGAGUGUCAGAGACAGCUGCACACCAUAUAGAGCUUCACCCUGUAUCUAUGUCACAUUAAUGGAUUGCUUCCUUGGCGUCAUAAUCCUCAGGAAUUUAAAACAUUCAUAGAAUUGUAGUGUUGGAAGGGAUCCCAAAGGUCAUCUAUUCCAACCCCCUGCAAUGCAGGAAUCUCAAUAUAUACAUUAUUACCAUUAAACUUAUUUCCAGUGGUUGGAUUGUGCUAAAAAAAGGUUUCAAUCAAUGGAAGUCAAAUUAUCAACACAGGGAAAGUGUUUUUAAUGGUUGAUCUCUCAGAAAUCAGCUUUUACUUCCAAAUCUUAUGUAUUGAAAUUCAAACACAAAUUAUUUCUGUGCGGCAAAGGGUUGCGACAAAAUACAUCACUUUAAGUGCCAAGCCCUGACUUGGUAAAGGAAAACCCCACGAGCGUGCAAAAUGGGUGGGGUGGGGGAGCCAUGCUUGUUGCAUUAUUAUGAGGCUUUUCAGCUUUUGAAUGCUGUAGCCUGUGUAUACAUUAGCCACAGGACAGGCUGUGGGUAGCAGGGGAAGGGACUGAUAAAGAGAAAUCUAAUACUUGAUUUUAGGACAGUCACCUAUCAGAAAUUUGGAGUGGGUUGAUAACCCUUCCACAAAGGCAACAUUGAUGGUCUGGAAGAAACAGAAGUUCAAGAUCAUACGAAUAAGGACUUGUCAACACGAAUAGAAAACCUGUAUCAGUAGAGAGGAUUGCCACUCCACAUUAACUGGGUCCAUUUGCACCAACUGCAUUAUUUUAUAGCAAACCAAGUUACUAGAGAAACAGGUAUAAGGGACCUCACUCAUUUGAAGCAUCUGAUUUUGGAGAAUGAGCAUUCAACACGAGGCUUUGUCUCUGAAAUGUGUACUUUAUUGUAAGUGACCUCCUUGGCUCUUUCUAUCUAUGGGACCAGCACGGGGGGCCGGGCCUGGUGAACUUUUAAUUCCUUACCCCUACGGUUAUGAUUCGUGGGUUCCCACUUAAUUUUAUUUUGAUUUUAAAUGUGAUUCGAAUUGUAUUUUAAACUAAUUGAUUUUGUGUUUUUAAUGUAUUAUAUAUUUGGUGUUAGCCGCCCUGAGCCCGGUCUCAGCUGGGGAUGUCAGGGUAUAAAUAAAUGUUAUUUUUUAUUAUUAUUAAAUGAAAAUUUCAUUUGGCUCAUUGAAGGACUAACAGGAAGAAUGGCAUAGGGCAAUCUAUACAGGGAAAAGCAGCCUCUGAAGUCAACUUCUGCAAUAGUCGGUGUCCUCAUUGAAAUACAUCACCACUGUAGGAGGUACCAGGGGUGUGUUUGAAUUGUUGGAGGGGUUGAGAACUAAGAGGCUCAUUCAUACCUAUCUGUUGGGAGUGUCUGAAGGUUGUCCCUUAUUGGACCAUGGUUUUCGAAGAAGUUGGUGUUGGCGCAAAGCAAAAUGUAGCACUCCUGACAGGCGAUACAUUUAAAUAUUUGUGGGGGUGGGGAAUGAAGUUGUAAUGCACAAAUUUUUACUUUCAUUUAUGUUAAUAGCUGCACAGAUCAAAAGUGCAGGAAAAUGACAGAUGAACUAGCAUUUGAAGUAUAGUUCCGCAGACUCUGGAACUUUGCCCUGGCAGAGAAAUUAACAUUUAACAUAAAAGUGGCCAAAGUCAAGGUUAAAUCAAUGAAUUAUUGUUACCAUUUUCAGAGUACAGCAGUGUGCAGGCAGGCAUUAGAUGUGUCAAAUGCAUUUCUUAAACUCUGUGAUAAACUCAGUUGCCUUACCCAGAAAUGAAAUAUUGGAGACUGGGCAAUAAUUGGCCAUAAUGUUUGGGUCCAGCAAUUUUUUUUAAGAAGCUGUAUAAUAACUGCCUCUUUAAGGGUUUGAAGGAAGUAUGACAGUAUGCCAUGCAACAAACAUUUGGGGCCUUUCCAAAUCAACUUGUUGAUACACCAGAACCAAUUCGACACUCCAGGCAAUUGAGGUUUUAUAUUAUAAAAUGCGAAAUAACUUCAUCACUUGAGAGUCCAUUCCUUUACUGGUUUUGAGGUUUUAUGCUUCUAUAGUAUUUUAUAUCCAAACCUUGCUUACACAAUAAAUCACUUGAAUAGCCUGGGGCUUCUGUAAUGGUUGCCUGACUGGGAUGGUUUCUAUAAACCACCAAUGGUGUAACCUAUGACACCCCCCUUCCCAUCAGAUGUUGUUGGGCUCCAACUCCCUUCAGUCCCUGCCCACAAGGCUAAUGUUUAGGGGUGAUGGGAGUUGUAGUCCAGCCAUAUAUGGAGGGCCACUGGUUUCCUGCCCCUGCUAUAAACCAUUGCAGCCAUUUGUGUGUGUGUGUUGUGCUUUUCUGAACAAGUACACCUUGUGAGGAAGGGGCUCUUGAUAUUGUGUGUCAACUGAGAUCUUCCUCCUGGUCACUUCUAGUGAGCUGGAAGGCAGGAUAUAAAAAUAAGAUAAAUGAUGAAUUAGAGCCGCUUCUCUAUGUUUUAUGGACUAUGUUUUCAGCUUUAACAUUCUGUAUCUGUGGCCGUGAGAACUAGAAUCUUUUUUCUUUUCUUUUUUAAGAUGGCAUUUCCAUUAUUCCAAACAGAUUAUCUAAGUACAAGUGCAUUCACUGUAUUUUUGUUUAAUUAUAGGUAGGCUUCCAUUAAGUGGUUAUAGCUUUUCUCAUAUGUGAUACUACUUUCCUUUAUGCUCAAGUGAUUUUAAUUCUAUUCCCAAAUAUUCAAGGAAGGAAAAAGGACAACUAAGUGUGCUGUGCAACCUGUUGGCAACAUCCCAUGGACUGCAUUUGAGAAACCUUUUGCCAAGAAUCCUGAAAUUUAUACAGAUUGGACAUGCUAAGAUUUGCAAUGUCAGUGCUAUUUAAAAGAGACACAUUAAUCUUGCAGUGUUUUUCUCUUUUGGCUUCCAGACAUGCCCUUCAUGUAAUACUACAUUGGCAUCUGCUUCUGCUGCAAGUAUAGAGGAAGGAGCUAUCCAAAAUGGGGGUCAGGAUGAACAUAAAAACAGCACAAAGGUAACACUAAUUUAUCAGCUUGCAUUCUUCUCUAGCUCCUCUGCCCCAUUCUUGGUAAGUCCAAGAUUUGGAAACUCACUUAGGGUAGUCUCAAGAGAAAACUGACUUAACCACUGACAUACAGAAUUCCAUUCUCAGAACUGAUCUGUAUACUUCCAGAAGUUGUGCUUGGGUGCUUCAGACUGAUCAUUUUGAACUAUUAGCUAUUAGUGAUGUAACAUUAGAGCCAGCAACAAAGUUCCAUGACUAGCCUUAUCUAGCUUUCUCCAAUCCAUGUUGUAGAAGAGUAAUUUAAAAAAAAAAAAACCAGUGCUGGCCCAGGUAUCAGAUAAAAGGUGGCAUAGGAAUUUAUUAAGUAAAUAAUAAAUUGUAAAAUAAUGUUUGAUCAUGCCACUGAUUUUGUGUGGAGCCAGUGUGCCUUAAUUGGAUAAGACUAGCUAGUUUCGGGCAAAAAGUGUAGGUUUCACAGUGGUGUGAAAAUCUUUGAUAGUAUUACAUAGGUUUUACAUAGAGAUAAUUGAAAUUAAUGAACAUGGCUAAGUUAGGUCCAUAAAUUUCAGUAGCUCUACGCUGUAUAAAAUUUAGUUGAAUACCAUCCCUUCUGUUUCAGACAAGGGGUGUUUUGACUUGCAAAACAACAAAUAAUGUGCAUAAAAAUAAUUUGCACUGUAAAAAUAUCCUGAAAUUUUCUUCUGUCUUAAUUGUUUGGUUCUGUUUACAAACCUGAAAAUUGUUGAAAAAAGAAAGCUUGCAGGCUUUCUCACUCCAGAUUAUAAACUGUUUGAGCUGAGGCAGUUUUUCUGUCAAAAUUUCUUGAGGAUGAACAAUAGAAUGGCAUGAUCACUCUGUCUCUUUGUGCUUUUGCCCCUCCUUUGAUCUGAAUCAGGGCCCUGGAGGAUGCAGUCCAAAGUCCCAGAAUGGUCUUCUAAGUCCUCCACAAGAGGAGAAGCUGAGCAACAGCCAAACAUCCCUUUAUGAAAUGUUGCAGGAGAAAGGAAGAUGGGUUGGCGUGAGCUUGGACCAGUCACCACUUCUGCCACUGCGCUUCAAAAACAUCAGGGAGAAAACGGACGCUCACUUUGUUGAUGUGAUAAAAGAAGACAGGUGAGAAGGAUGGAUGUGGUGGGGGGUGGGGGGAAUCCCAGCUUCACAUACACACUAGUGGGGUCUGAACUAGCAGCAACUGAAUAGGAAAGGGGUAUUGAUCUCGUGGUGGAUAGCUCAGUGGAAAUAUGGACCCAGUGCAGUGCAUGGUAGCUGUGAAAAAAGCAAAAUCCAUGUUGGGGAUCGUUAGGAAAGGGACUGAAAAUUAAACUGCUGAUAUGCUACUGCUGUCAUACAAAUCUGCAGUGCAACCACACUCGGGAGUGCUGUUUGUCGUUCUUGCCACCUCACCUCAGAAACAAUGACUGUAGAGCUGGAAAAGGGUCAGAAAAGGGCAAUCGGAGUGAUCAAGGGAAAGUUUGCAACAUAUGGUGCUUUUUAGUUUACCAUUACAGAGGUACAUAAGAUUACAGUGGUGCCUCGCAAGACGAAAUUAAUUUGUUCCGUGAAUUUUUUCGUCUAGCGAAUUUUUCGUCUAGCGAAGCACGAAAUCCCAUAGGAAUGCAUUGAUAAUCAAUUAAUGCGUUCCUAUGGUCAAAAAAAGUCCAAACAAAGCCAAAUUUGGUACAACAAGAGUUUAUUAAGUGCCAUUUAAAGUCACACAUACUGUAAAGAGCAUUUCAAAAUUCAAACCCAGAAUUUUUUUUAAAAAACAGCAGAGUUGCCCAAUGGUCACAGAAAAUCAUAAAAAUGCAGGAAAAAAACCACAAGCUUCCAGAUUCUUGCAAACCCCUCCCCAACUGUUCCCCCAGCCACCCAGCACACAGAAAUUCAAAUCCAGAAUUUUUUUUUAAAAAACAGCUGAGUGGCCCAAUGGUCACAGAAAAUCAUAAAAAUGCAGAAAAAAACACAGAAGCUUCCAGAUUCUUGCAAACCCCUCCCCAACACCAAGUCCUUGAAUUCCAAACACCCCAACCCAAAAUCCAAAACCCCCCAAAAAAGUUUUAAAAGCUUAACUUACCAAAUGGCUGCACAAGAAGUUUUGGAAAAGCUUCAAAAAUCACCAAAGUCUUUAAAACCUCAAAAAAGGCUACUAUGUACACUGCGUUCUAUGAGUUGCUCCUCGAAGUCAAGUCGCAACUGUAUUAACAGUGUUAAGAAAAAGGAAACAAACUUGCAAGACGUUUUCGUCUUGCGAAGCAAGCCCAUAGGGAAAAUCGUCUUGCGAAGCAGCUCAAAAAACGGAAAACCCUUUCGUCUAGCGAGUUUUCCGUCUUGCGAGGCAUUCGUCUUGCGGGGCACCACUGUGUGCAUUGUGUAGAGAAACUGGGUACACUUAAGUUUUCCCCAACCUCCCGUACGAAAACCCAGUAGAGUCAUCACACAACACACACUUAAGCUGGAUUUCACUACCACGUGAUAUUGUGGCAGUCAUCCACUUAGCUGGCUUUAAAAUGGGAUGAGGCAAGAAAAUGUACUACCUUUGGGGAAACAGGCUUUGAAUACCAGUUGCUGUGAAACAACAUUGGGGAGAGGGCCCUCAUGUUCUCCUUUUGGCCCCUGUGAGAAAUGGGAUGUUGGAUUAAAUAGCUGCUUGAUCUGAUCCAUCAGGGUUCUUCACAUGUUCUUAAAUAACUAGUCACAGUUUUUAAAUAAAUAUUUUCAGGAGGCGACUGUGAGAUUUGUCUAAGCAGCACCUUGUUAGGUGGGCAGCUGGCCAUGAGCAGUCAAGCCCCAGCGAAGCAGCUGGUCUCUCCAGGGGUUUUGGUGUUUCUCCCCUGCUUUGACGAGGGCACCCUAGUGAGCACUGCAGCAUCUCUGAGACCUGGUGUGAUAGAGUGGCUGUGAGCAUGAGUUGGGAGCAAAGUAGUUCCCAGUUCUAAAUUCAUGUUCUGCAUUAACUUGCUAGGUUACUCGCCUCUCAGCCUUUGUCUUCCAUCUUCAUGUGUGGAUAAUAACACUGGGCUACCUUAUAUGGGUGUUGCAAAGAUGGUAUGCAACAUCUUAAUCUUCCAGUAAGGAUGCGGGUGGCGCUGUGGGUUAAACCACAGAGCCUAGGACUUGCCGAUCAGAAGGUUGGCGGUUCGAAUCCCCGCGACGGGAUGAGCUCCCAUUGCUAUGUCCCUGCUCCUGCCAACCUAGCAGUUCGAAAGCACCUCAAAGUGCAAGUAGAUAAAUAGGUACCGUUCUGACGGGAAGGUAAACGGCGUUUCCGUGCGCUGCUCUGGUUCGCCAGAAGCGGCUUAGUCAUGCUGGCCACAUGACCCGGAAUCUGUACGCUGGCUCCCUCGGCCAAUAAAGCGAGAUGAGUGCCGCAACCCCAGAGUCGGCCACGACUGGACCUAAUGGUCAGGGGUCCCUUUACCUUUACCUUUAAGUUUUGCCAUUUCUGCAUACCCCAACAGUUUGUGCAAAUUGGGUUUACAUUUUGCCACACAGGCUUGCUCCCCAUCUUAGUGUAAAUGGAAAUUAUUAUUCUGCCACCCAUCUGACUGGGUUGCCCCAGGCCCUCUGGGCAGCUUCCAACAAAUUAAAACACAAUAAGUCUAUGCACGAAGGAAGUAACAUGCCACCUCAUAACUUGCAGGACGUUAGUGCCAUCCGUGGUGAGACUUUGAAUCUGUAAAUUGUGCAAGUGAUGCAGUCCUUGGGGACAACAUGGGACGACAUUUCCCAUAUAGAAGGGGGGUGUCUCAGAAGUUGAGUUACUUGCAAGAUGUAGGUGGAUCAUUCUGCUGUUAUGCCUCACCGUAAUUGUAGCUCCGCUGGAGGCUGGUAGUCCAACCACCUGCAAUGCCAGAAUCUCCCUCAGCCAGUCCCUGCCUGCCUGCUUUCUUACUUCACAGUCCAGCAGGUAGCACACACUGUCAGCUUCUUCUUCUUCUUCCUCCUCCUCCUCCUCCUCCUCCUCCUCUUCCUCUGUCUCAGUGUUGCCGUUACACAAUCCAGUAGGGGGGAGGAUAGGGACAAAAUUAGAAUUGGCUCUGUCUACCUGAUGGAAAUAUUCUGAGCACUGCCUUCCUUCCUUGUGUGGAGACAGAUACCGAAUAGUGAGAGACUUAAGAGCGGUUGCUCAACCAAGAAGUAACCUGGAAAUGGGACAUUAGGAAUUGUUUCUUCAAAUGAUAACUGUGCAGAAGUAAACUCUUUUCUAUUCUUCCUCUAGCUUGAUGAAAGACUAUUUUUUUAAGCCGCCCAUUAACAGACUGAGCCUGAACUUCCUGGAUCAGGAAUUGGAGAUGAACUAUAGGAGCAGCUAUCAAGAAGAGGUGUGUUUGUGUGUGUUGUGUAUUGUGUAUGUUCUGGUUGUCUCUGAGAAGCAAACUAAUGAAGUGCUAAUUUUUCAUUUUUCACUGAAAAGUAGUCCUGGAGUGUUGCAUUUUGUGGAGGGAGGGGUGCUUUAUCAUUGUCCUCUGCUCUUAAUCUCACCCAGCCCGGUUGCUUCUCUCCCAGGGUUCUGAAUUCAUACUUCUGAACAUACAUUUGGAGCUUUGUAGGAGGGGAGAGAGAUGCUUUAACUCCUUCAUGUCUGUGGCUUUUAUGAGUUGUUUUGGAGGAUGUGAUGGUUUGUACUCGGUUCCUUUUUGGGCAGUUACUGAACUUGAUGCCAGGAUGGUUUAAGGAUACAGAACCAUGCACUGUUGCAGGAACCAUAGAAUCAUAGAAUUGUAGAGUUGUAGCGGAUCCCAAGGGUCCUUUGGCCACCCCCCUGCAAUGCAAGAAUCUCAACUAAAGAAUCCAUGACAGAUGGCCAUCCAACCUCUGCUUAAAAACCUCCAGUGAGUCCAAGGGAAUCCAUUCCACCGCUGAACAGCUCUUUGCUGUCAGAAAGUUCUUCCUGAUGUUGAGUCGGAAUCUCCUUUCUUGUAACUUGAAGCCAUGGGUUCGAGUCCUACCCUGGAGCAGGAGAAAAUGAGCCUGCUCCAUCUUUUGUGUGACAGGCCCUGAACAUCCUUUAUAGCACAAAGGUCCAUCACACUGUAAAGGUUCUCCAUCCUUAAACCUCCUGAACAUGCACUGCUACCCUGGGGGAUUUUCUCAACAUUCAUGGGAGCUUUGCCUCUUCUUAAAUUGUAAGGUAGUUCCUAAUAGCCAGUCUAAAUUUGCGUUGCCGAAAUCCCUCGUGUUUUGUUACACUAUCACCGGUUCUGGUGAAUAGUCCCUUUUGAAGACCCCAAAGCUGCAGCUGCCCCCUGCAUUCAGCACUGCAAUAAGUUGCCGUUGAGAGUGUGGGAUAUAAGAUACUGUCCGAAGGCAACUUAGCAGCUGGCAGCUGGACUGAGUGGCCUCCCGGAAGGAGAGCGCCUAGCAAUGCAGUCAGAGCUGAGGAAUGCACACAGCUGAAGAAUAAAAGGCAGCUGGCUGCAUUUCCCAAGCUGAGAACAAGAAAGCAGGUAAGGGUGGCAGUUUGGGGCAAAGGGGAGCCUAGAGCCUAGAGUGUGGAGGUGCAGUAAGAGGAUGGGAGGAAAGGAAGGAAGGAAAGCAAGAAGGUUGAGGACAGGGACAGAGGGGGAAGCUGCUGGGAAGCUUCACUCCAGAGCGGGAGGAACAGAAAUAGUACGCUUUAUUUCCUUGGGUUAAAAAAACAUCCUUUUUACCCUAUUAUACUGAAGGAAGGCCAAAGGAGAGUAAAAAAGAAUUUUUUAACCCAAGGAAAUAAAGCAUACAAAUGGACAGAAUCAGUGAUGAGAUAUUUAUAUGUAAAAAAAUUUGUACUGUUUGUUUUAUAUUUGUGUUUAAAAAAAAAUAUUAUAUUGCUCUUUGUAAAUAGCUUCGAGGUCUUCAGUUGAACAGGUGGUAUAUACAUUUUACUAAAUAACGUAACACCUUCCUUCUGUCUCCUACCCCCAAAAGCUCUGUCUGUGCCAUCGUAUUUGACAGAAAUGCCCACACUGGAUUUGAUUCUCCUUAAAAGACAAACAAGAAAGAAAGAAAGAGGACACCCACAUAUUGGUGCACCGUCUCAUUCUGUUCUUUUUGCCUUUAUCUGAAACAGGUUAUGAGGAACACCCCCGUGAAGACCUUCGCCAGCGCUACCUUUAGUUCACUUCUGGAUGUUUUGCUGUCCACAACAGUCUUCCUCAUCCUCUCUGUCACCUGCUUCCUGAAGCAUGGGAUGGCUGCAACUCCUCCCCCACCUGCAGCAGUGGUUGUGGUGGUCAUUGCCAUCCUGCUAGAGGCGCUGUCCCUUAUCGUCUCCAUUAGGUAAAUGAGGCAGAGUCUGGAUCACUCUCACCGGGCGCCUAGGAUAGCAGCAGAGGCAGGGCCUGCUUCUUGGGUUUGAAAUGGGAAUAGCUAAGAAUGGGAUAGAGAGUUCUGUGAGGGCCUUCGUAGCUCUGUUGUAUGGAAAACAGACUCCUCCUUUCGCCACUUAGAGGUGAGCCAGGACUCAGAUUUGUACUAGUGGUCCACCCUAGGCCAGGCAAAACCCACUUGAGUCACUUUGGACAUAAUUAAACGUGUAAGGCACCCUAAAGGUGAGAACAUGACAGGAAGAGAGCAGGAUCCAGCAAAAUGGCGGGGCUGCCGCUGCUAGUCUGAUUAAGAGAGGAAAUCAAGGAUUCCAUUUCCUUGCGUAGAGGCCCGCUCUGAGUGAAGUGGCAGCUAUACAGAGAGACUUGCAAAACCAUUCCCCUCCGCUUCUUUGCCUUUCUAGGCUCAGUUCUGUCAUAGAUAGGAGCGGCUACACUGGCUGACUUGGAUGUGUGUUGUUUUCAGAAUGGUGUUCUUUCUGGAGGACGUAAUGGCUUGCACAAAGCGGCUGUUGGAGGGGAUUGCCGGCUGGUUGCCGCGACACUUCAUUGGUGCCGUUUGGAUCUCCCUCCCCGCUGUCGCAGUCUUCUCACACUUCAGCUUGGAAUUCGAAACAAACAUUUAUGUAAGUCAUACAUUGCUGAAUCCCAUAACUGGACUGGUUUUUCUGUGCUCCCGCUAUAUCCUGGGAGGAAGCAGGUAGAGGAUCGAGAUUGAGAACCACAAGCUGGCUCUCUCGCUUUCUUUCUUUUUUUCAAAAUUCAGUUACCAGAAACGUUGGUGGGUAGAUCUUCCCUGGGUGCCCAAACGUAUGCAGGUUGCUUUUUUCCCGAGAGGAGUUGGAAGCAGUGCUGAGGGAGAUGGGAAAGGAAGUGCCUGGCAGGCCCCAGUGAGCUGGCUAUGGGUGCUUCAUUCUUCAAAGGAGAGAGCGUAGGCAGCGUUGGAGAGGCUGGCUGCAUGUGAAGCCAACAUGUGAAGCCAACAUACGUUAAAUGGAGUGAGCCUGAGGAGGGGAGGCAGUGCCAGAUUUACAUGUAAGCUAAACAAGCUGUAGCUUAGGGCCCCACUCUCUUGGGGACCCCAAAAAAAAUUUGACGGAAAAAAACCUGGAUGUACAUUUCCAAAAUGUAAGAUAAAAAGCAAAUAAAAUAAAACCUACAUAUAGCAACAGUAUAGGUUCAUAAAUAUAGCAUAUAUUCAACACAAUAAACAGCGACAAUUUGUUGUUGACAGGACAGCUGGACAUAUAAAGGGCCCCAUUACCUUCCGUAGCUUAGGGCCUCAUCAAACCUAAAUCCAGCCCUGAGGGGAGGCAUAAUGACUAGUGAAAUUUUGGUUUCGCAACCACAGCCAUUAAAAAAAGAAAAAAAGUGGAUUCCUGUGCAUUUACUUAGACAUCCCAUUCCAAUAGAUCAUAUAUGACUAAUAGCUGCUGUUUCUGUUUGUUGCAGUAUACCAUGUUUAUGUGUUCUGCAAUUCUCAUCACUAUUGUCCAGUACUGUAACUUCUGCCAGCUCAGCUCCUGGAUGAGAUCAUCUCUGGCCACUCUUGUUGGAGGAGUCUUGCUAGUUUUGCUGUGGGUGCCUCUGUGCCCUGACAGGUGAGCCUUUGGGGAAAAGUGGUGCUGCCUGCCUGUUGCCUGUGAGUUGGGACAGUAUCUUUUCCACAGUGAGGAGUCUUGGAGAGCAUCAUCAGGAAGCUGGAGUGAAAUAGGUGUUCUCUCUCCCUCUUCCACCUGCAAGCAGAUUCACCAGGUGUCUUCGUUGAUUAGAAGUGCUGCCACUUUAGCCACCAGAUGUAUACUUUGACGUUUUGUGAAGUAAUGUGGUUAACCCCUGGGGGGAAGGAGGGUUGAGGCUGGUGUAUAACUCUGUGUCAGAAUGGGUAUUUAGCAGCCCAGAAUGAGAUUUGGACAGUGGCAGUUAGGAGGGGUGUUUCGUUUUUCUCUUUUUGAGGGGUGUUUUUUGCAACUGUUCUUUUUUUUUCCCCUCCAUGCUUUUGAUUUGUUGUUGUCGGUCUCUUGCGUUUUUGUUUCAGCUCUGUGGAGGAAUCAUAUAUUGAAUCGGUAAAGAACUUUAGGUAAGCAUUCAUUGGAUUUCCUUUCGUUUCUGGCUAUUACUGAGCCUGGCAGCCUUUUCCCUAAGUCUUUAUAUCAACCAGCAGCAUUUUUAGACCUUGAACAAUUGCUUUCUCCUUCUCCCCCACCCCCAGCUUAUAUUCACAAGGUUUUGAGAAGCUCUGGUACUCUGUAUCUGAAGUCAUCAUGCUUUACUGCAUGAUAGCCAUCAGGUGGAUGUCUAUGCCUUUUCCUUUUUGGUUUGAGCUUGGAUUUGAGGUUACUUGCGUCCUGCCCAUUAUUGUUUGGUGUAAGGAAAAUGGAAACGGCCAAGUGGAGGAUAACCAUCUCCAGUUUUUACUUAGAUCAUUUGUAAUGUGACCAGUUUGUAUUUCGGGUCAGCAGGUGCUUGGAGCCUCCAGCCUGAGCUUGCCCUAUCACUGUCCUGAUCCACAGGCCCAAAAGAGAGCCUGUGCAAGUGGUUUGAUGUAGGGAUACCAAAAAAGAAUGUAAAAAAUUCCAGAACGGCCAAUUCUAGUGCAUUUUUAGAAUGCACUAGCCUGCAACACAGCCUGCAGAGCCUUUAUGCCAGGCAUAGGCAAACUCGGCCCUCCAGAUGUUUUUCAGACUACAAUUCCCAUCAUCCCUGACCCCUGGUCCUGUUAGCUAGAGGUGAUGGGAGUUGUAGCCCCAAAAACAUCUGGAGGGCCGAGUUUGCCUAUGCCUUCUUUAUGCCGUUACAGACUCCGAAACGGGAAGCACUCGUCAUGACUUGGGUGCACCCUGGAAAACAUUUAUGCAUCACUUACACAAAGCACAGCAUAUGUCAGUUUGGCCAGAACCUCCCCUUGAUGAAGGCAUGGGCGGCAGGCCCCCCAGUCUUACAGAUAGCUCCCCUCCCUAGGCCAAUAACUAAACGUCUCAAGCCCCCAGAUAAGCAUAACGUCAAAGCAAGCCAAGUAGCAUAAACAUAAUGUGAGCUGAUUCUGGCAGCGGCUGCCAAUUCGUCCUGAAUUUAUCUUGGCUACCAAGGUGGUGUUUACAGGCCUUCCCGAACAUUUUCCCCGUUUGGUUCUACACGACCACCAUGCUCAUAAAACAUGCACUAUGCAGGUGUUAAAACGGCCUUUUCAUGUGAGUUGAACUAAACACAUUAAGGACCAUCUUGUAGACCUGGUUAUCUGACAUGGACUAAGAAGCUGUAACACGUGAACCUUGGAGACAGCAGGCAUACAUGAGGCUCAUUGCCCAUUUCUGAAGAAAUACUUGAUGCAAUAACUGAUGCAUCAGGGCAGAGUCACAUUUUGUCAAGCAGUUGUUGCUGCAGUGGGAAUAGUGGCCUGUGAAUUUUCUUGCUGAUCCAGUGCUUCUUGCAUUUCAGUUUCAGCCCCAUGGAAAUCUUCAACUCUACACAGAACAUCAGGUAAUCAUUAACAUCUAGCAGUCUUCCUUGCACUUUCUGCUUUCUCCUCAAAGGCUUAAAUGAAGUGCUAUAACUUUUUUUUUUUUUAAAAAAAGAAAGCUUUAAAAGAACUGUUAUUUAAAACUAUUACGGUGGUACCUUGGUUCUCAAACUUAAUCCGUUCUGGAAGUCCAUUCCAAAACCAAAGCAUCCCUGUACUGAUGAGAGUCAUUGUUUGGAUGGGGUUUUUUUAUCCAUUUCCACAGUCACACAAUCAAUCCGUAGCUGAACUGGGUUCCAUACAGUCAUAAAAACAAAUUAACCAAAAAAGCCUCAAAGACAAAAACGCAAAAUAAAUAGCAAAAACAAAAGCGCCAAACUUAAUCCAUUCCGGAAGUCCAUUUAACUUCCAAAAUGUUCAGAAACCAAGGCACAGCUUCUGAUUGGUGCAGGUGCCCCGGGAACAGUAGCUGACAGCCGCAUCAGACGUUCAGCUUCUGAAAAAUGUUCGAAAACCAGAACACUUACUUCCGGGUUUUCAGCGUUUGAGAACCAAGGCAUUUGAGUACCAAGGCGUUUGAGAACCAAGGUACCACUGUAUGCUAUAAAACCUUGCUUGUGUAUUUAUUAGAAACACUAAAAAAGGUCAAUUGUACACUGAACUCCAUGUCCAAAGAGUUAGACAUCAGCAGCCUGCUUCAGAAUUUAGCUCAGGAACAACCAAAUUGACUGUAAAAAAAUGCCAAAUAAACUAGAGAAAUAUAACAGUUGCCUGGAUUUUAAAAAAAGAAAAAAUGCAGUGUGUGCCUACAUCGGUGCUAGUUUUGAAGCCUGGUAUAUGUGGUGUCGUAGGGACGGGGGUGGUGCUGUGGAUUAAACCACAGAGCCUAGGACUUGCCGAUCAGAAGGUCGGCAGUUCGAAUCCCCGCGACAGGGUGAGCUCCUGUUGCUUGGUCCCUGCUCCUGCCAACCUAGCAGUUUGAAAGCACGUCAAAGUGCAAGUAGAUAAAUAGGUACCGCUCCGGCAGGAAGGUAAACGGCAUUUCCGUGUGCUGCUCUGGUUCGCCAGAAGCAGCUUAGUCAUGCUGGCCACAUGCUGGCUGUAUGCCGGCUCCCUCGGCCAGUAAAGCGAGAUGAGCACCGCAACCCCAGAGUCGGCCAUGACUGGACCUAAUGGUCAGGGGUCCCCUUUACCUUUACCUUUAUAUGUGGUGUCACAGAAGCAAAAGUGAGGAGAAGAAACGCUCACCAUGUGUCUGUACCCUAAAUAAUGGCAAGAACAGAAGUAGCUGUUUUCAGACUUAAGCAAAUGGUUUUUCAUUUAAGGGCUUGAUCAACAUCAAACUUCAUUAUUUUCAUCACUUCAUGGUGAAUGUCUGAAACCACCAAGGUAUAGGUAAAACUCCAGUGGAAUCCCUGGGACUAAGAAAUGGAAAUUCUAAAUGUAGAUUAAGCUCACUAAAUCCUGCAAUUAUUACCUCUCCUAUUCAUUUCUGUUGAUGUUUUGCUAUAUUUGGAUUUCAGCUCCACAGAAAUCUCCCCUCUUCAGUUAGAACAGAACUACAGGUAAGAAUUGAUACCUAGUUCCCAGUUUUUUGUGUUUUUCUUUUGCUUGCUUGAUCAUAUUUCUGAAAUGUAGAGAGUGGUGCAGUUAGAUUAGUCAGUCAUAGACAUAUUAUCUGCAGAUAACUGUGACAGAUGAAGGUUAAACAGACUCUCACAUGAAAACUUGGGAUGAGUCUCUAAGUCUGACAGAAUACUUUAUUUGACAUCUCAGGACCAAACUGGACAUGAUGUGAUUUACCCAAGUAGUAACUAAUUGUGACACUAUCCGUGUAUGUGUGUGAGAGACUGGGAGGGAAGGUAGUCGGGAGAGGGGAAGUAAAUAGCAAUUGGAGAAAAUCUGGAUUGGAACAAAACUGGUACAUCAUGACACAAGUGGUGAACCUGCAAAUAAAUUUUGGUAUUUUUAGAGGGUUCAGAAAAUUGUGAAACAUGAUAUACUAUCAGGACCCAAUUGGCCCUCUUAAAUCUGUAUACAGUGGUACCUCAGUUUUCGAACGUCUCCGUUGAUGGAAGUUUCAGUUUUCGAACGCCGUAAACCCAGAAGUAAAUGCUUCGUUUUUUAACUCGCCUUGGAGGUCAAACAUGAAACGCGGCUUCCGUAUUGAGUUUUCCAUUUUGAGGCUUCUGUACUGAGUUUUCCGUUUCGGAACUCGAACGGUCUUCCAGAAUGGAUUACGUUGGAAAACUAAGGUACCACUGUACCAGCUAAAAAAGAUAUUUGAAGAAUAAGGAUUUGAUUGUUUGUCUUUUGACGGCAGCACAGAAUUUUAUUUGGUUUGCUCAUUUUGUGUUUUGUUUGCAUAUAUUUAGUUAAAUGUUUGGUAUGUAUACAUUGGCCUCAUAUCUGAAUGAUAAAACUUCAAAAGAGUUUUAGGUUUUAUUCAACUACGUUUUGCUUGGAGUAUACCCAUUGAAAUGAACAAAACAAUAAAACAUUUUUGACAAAGAAACUAGGCAGUGUGUGUGUGUGUGGUCUGGAUCUUUGCUCACCACAGCAGCCCUGAUCUGAAUCUCCACUCCCCCCACUCCAAAAAAAAGUGAGUCCCAUUGUGUGAAUGACACAGUGUCUAGUUUGGUCCUGCGCAUAUGAAGUUGUCAUAAUUGUCUCUGUUGCCAUGGGAGAAUAUAAAACCAUAUUUUAAAAUAGAAUAACAUUUUAAAAUAGAGUGAUGUCGUGUGCUUGUGAGUAGACUAUAGGAAUAUAAGAAUAGAAAAAACAUACAAAUGCUUUUUUCUUUUCUUUUUCACAAUGUGUGUGUGUCUAUAUUUUCUUUAAAAAAUUAACUCCAGUUCCAUAAGGAAUCCAUGCUACCGAUCAACCUUGGAAGACUUCAGGAGGCCAGCAGACCUUAUUGGCCAUGAAGUGAUUCUGGGCUUCUUCCUUCUCCUCCUCCUGGUUUGGUUCUUAAACCGUGAGUUUGAAGUGAGCUACCGUCUGCAUUACCAUGGAGACGUGGAAGCCGACCUUCACCGCACCAAGAUCCAGAGCAUGAGGGACCAGGCGGACUGGCUGCUGCGGAAUAUCAUUCCCUACCACGUGGCGGAGCAGCUGAAAGUCUCACAGAGCUACUCCAAAAACCACGACAGUGGUGGCGUGAUCUUUGCCAGCAUCGUGAACUUCAGCGAGUUCUACGAGGAGAACUACGAAGGAGGCAAGGAGUGCUACCGAGUCCUGAACGAACUGAUCGGGGACUUUGACGAGCUGCUAAGCAAGCCUGACUACAGCAACAUCGAGAAGAUCAAAACCAUUGGGGCCACGUAUAUGGCCGCCUCUGGCCUGAACACGUCCCAGUGCCAAGACAGCAACAGCCCGCACGGCCACUUGCAAACCCUCUUCGAAUUUGCCAAAGAAAUGAUGCGAGUGGUUGAUGACUUUAACAACAACAUGCUGUGGUUCAAUUUCAAACUACGGAUUGGCUUCAACCACGGCCCCUUGACUGCUGGGGUCAUUGGCACCACCAAGCUCCUGUAUGACAUUUGGGGUGACACUGUGAACAUCGCCAGCAGGAUGGACACGACGGGGGUGGAGUGUCGCAUCCAGGUGAGCGAAGAGAGCUACCGCAUCCUGAACAAAAUGGGGUAUGACUUUGAUUACAGGGGGACGGUGAACGUGAAGGGCAAAGGGCAGAUGAAGACCUUCCUGUACCCCAAGUGCAUGGACAACGGUAUUGUCCCCCACCACCAGUUAUCUAUAUCUCCAGACAUCCGUGUUCAAGUGGAUGGCAGCAUUGGGCGGUCUCCGACGGAUGAGAUCACCAACCUGGUGCCUUCUGUACAGAAUUUGGACAAGACGCCCCACGUCUCGGACCAUAAUUUGGAGCUCAAGGGUGGGCUCCCCUGUUUCAAGAAUCUCCCAAAAGAGACAGUGAAGCCAGAGGAUGGGCGUAGGUUUGGUAAGUCUGUUGAGAAAAACGACUGCAAAGAAGCAGGUCCCGGUGAGACCAGUGAGCUGACUAAGCUGAAUAACUCGCGGAGCGUAUGAUGCGCUGGAGUGGUCUGCUCUGUCUACAAGAGCGCAGGUGCUCUCGGCGGGCUGUGUACUCCUGGAGGAGGGGGCAGGAGAGGGAGUGGCUGGACGGCUCUGUCAUCUGACUUUGGCAACGGGAUCCGAGGGGGUCACUGGUGUGCCAGGGCUUUUGUGCCUCUCUCACCCCCCAGGUCCCCUUGGAACAGUCUUUCAGCUGAGAUGAGACAUCAAGUGCCUUCAGAUAGACUCUGCUGGACUCCUUGUCUAGGAACAGAGGCACAAAGUUGACCAUAUGUUUGAUGGAUAAGCCGUGGUUAUAUCAUUUUUAUUGUUUCUCACUGGCACUACUAUUUUGUUUUUGUUUUGCCUAUUAUGUUAAGCCUUUUGUAUGUAAACACAGACAAAUGCAUGUUUAGCUGACUGACACAAACAGCCACUAAGGGAAGAUGAUGUGAGGCGAGAGAGGAGUUGGCAGAGUUGCCCUCUGGGCAGCUGGAGGAGGAGGAGGAGCAGGGAGCUUGCCUUGGCAGUCCAGCACUUACCUGAAGUGAUCCGUGGGCUGCUCUGUUUGCCAUAAUCAGACUCAAGUGCCCUUGUGUGUUCUGGGAUGUGUGGCCUCUUGCCAUUCACCCCACAGGCCUCUGCCGUGUGGGGAUUGGCGCUGGCUGCACAGUGCUCCAGCGGCAGAAGCGUGCCAGUCUCAGCCUCAGGUGUUUCGCUUCUGACCUCUGCCAGGAGGGACUUCUGAGCGUUUGGAUGAAACUGUUUUCUCUAAAUCUGGUCAGGCCUAAGAGAAAGAUAAUAAAUGAUAGGGGAUUUUCUCCCUUCCUUUUUAUUCCUCCCUUCCCCCUUAAUUCUGUAUUUGUGGGGACAGUAGGGAUUGUAAGCAGUGGUGCCAGUUGUAAGGCAGGUGCCCAUUAAGCGUGUCUGCGUUCUCAGUCCAGCCUUUCUUUAGGCACAGUUGGUGCCAACAGCACUCAAGCUGUCAGACGUGGCUGACUUAGCAGGGUUGGGGCACAUAUUUUGCCCUUAUUGUGUAUGCCCUUUGUGGGAGUUGGAAUGAGAAGUCUGUUCAGAGCUGAAAAGCACAAGAGUAGGGAGAUGAUAAGCCUUCGGCGCUUUAUUGUGUGGAUUCAGUCAGAAUGAACUCCCAUUGACAAUCUUUUUUUUGCAUUUUCACUCCUGUUGUAUUACUGAAUGAAGAGUCAAACGUGUUUGACUCUUAAUGCAGCCAAAUUUUGUGAUUCACCUAAAGGUGAUGUAGCCAAGCAUAAAUCUGCCCCGCAGAUACACAUGCAGAAUAAAGUAGGGGCUGUUCUACGUUUUUGCAAGUUUAGAAGACGUGAAAAGGGUUAAAGUACUUUAGGGUUAGAAAGUUUGUUGUUUCAUAGAAUACUUCCUCUUGCACUUUCUUAUCCUGCAACCUAAAUUGGUCCAGUAAAAAGCUAGCAUCUCCUGUGUUCUGACCUUUGGAGUGAAAUGGACAACUAUGACCAUUCUCAUCAGCUGGCCACUUCUGUUAUUUUGUUGACAUGCUAAUCUUCUUUAAAACUAAAGCCACACUCUCUUUCUUUUGGCUCAGUUGUUAAGAGCAUCCCUGGAAUUUAUGAUCAUAAACGGGCUUUUGCUUGAUAGCACAUAGAAUAACUUUUCUGUGGGCCACUCUCUCUUCUGUAUGUCUCACAUUCCGACACCCACACUGAGCAGCAUUGUAAUAUGUGCAUCUUUUGAUAAAAGCCUUUGGGGCUGAACCAAGACAGGGGUAGUGAAUUUCCAGUGCAGGGUGGUUCUAGGAGGACAAUGCUGAACGGUUCUCAAAAUGUAGUUAAAAACAAUCUUACUUUCUUCAGCCCCAAGUACUGUACAGUACUAGCCUCCACUGUGGCUGCAAUCCUAAGCACAUUUACUAGGUAGUAACUCCAGCGUAUGCAGUGGACUUAAUUGUGAAUAAAAUGUGUAGGAGGAGGCUGUUCCCUGAGUUUGGCUUUCCAGAAGAUUAGUAUCAUUUUGUAAACUUCUCUUGCCUCAGUUAAAUCAAAGAAACUUUCGAAGGUAAUCGCCAGGAUUCUAGCUUCUGGUUUCUCAACUGAACUGCUGUUUUCUCCACGGCUGAGCUGAUUUAGUCCCAAGGUGUUUCCAGGCCAUCUGCAGCAUACAGAACAGUGCUGGGGUUCAACAAGAGCUAAAAGUCAGAAGAGGAAAGUUUAAGGACUCUGAUAAUAGCCAGCAAGGAUGGUGGCUUGUGGUGGAUCUGGCCCUGUGAGCAUGAGAGGCUUUGGGGCCAACUGUCUUAAUGUGUGACCUGCUUCUCUCAGUUGUGAGAAUUAUUGGAAACUUGCAGAUUUCUAGCCACAAGGAAUUUGGCUAUUUACUUUUGUAAAAAGACUGCAAUUACCCCGUCUUGGGGGAAUGUUCCUAAGACGAGCUCUUUGCAGUGUAAAAAAUGCUCAAAUGGUUGAAGUCUUUUAUUUCAUUUUUUAAAAUUUGUGUAGGUGCUUCAGGCCCUUGGCAAAUGUAUCUUGCUCUCUGCCAGGCAGGUGAUGUCUUUAGUCAUAGGGCAGGGGUUGGCUUGCUCUUUCUCUGGCCGGGCACAUGAAAGGUAUGUUCAGCUUGAAUUUUAAAGGCUCUGAUUGGUGUCUGCUUCAUCCUGGAUGCUGAAAUAGCAGCGUCUCAGCUGCUCUUUGUGUGAAUUCAUGGGCUGCUCUCAACAACAGGGUUUCCUGCAAUGGGACGUUGCCUGCAAAGCACUUUGCAUAUCGUUGCUUUUUCACAUACCUCCCCAAAAGCAUUUUAUUUGCCAGGCAAAAUACUUACACAGAGGUAGUAGGGAGCUCUUCUGCUGCUUGCCUGUGGAACGGUCCCUGAAGGCUUGUUGCCUGUACUUUAGGUCUUGGUGGAUGCAGGGUGAGGAACCUGAAGGAGCCCUCCAGAUGUUGCAAGGCUCCAGUUCCCAUCACCCCUGCGCAUCGGCCAGGCUCGUUGCUGGGGCGGAUGGGAAUCCCAGCAGCAGCUGGAGGGCCACCGGUUCGUCACACCAUGCCUAAAAUUAUAGCAAUAAAACUGGAGCGCUACGUUGGUAGCAAUAAUGCAAGAUGAUUUACCUAGCGGUAAAUACACACGCCUGGUGAGGGAGUAAGUAGUGGCAUGCAAAGGAGGCAGUUGUUCCUUUGAAGAUCGGGCUGGACAUGAGCCAGGGAUGUCAUUUUGGGUUUUUUCAGCAGAAGCCUUAUUUCCAGGGCUCUGGAACUAAUGAUGCUAAUUGACUUGGCACUGAAAGGCUCACACCACAAACAGAUAUUUUAGCUAGAGUUGGGCUGGGAAGUCGGGUGGCAGAAGGAAAUAUCGGAGGGCGAAGGCAGGGGGAGGCGAGGUCUGCAGAAGCCUAGGUCUUCUGCUGCCAACUCCUUGGCAACAAAGUUUUGGGAUGCACGAGGAAGUGCCCCAAAGAGAGCAAGUUCUGUUCUCCUGCUGUGCUCCAAGGUCUCUGAAAGCAGUAAAUGAGGCUUUUUAUUCAACCGCACUCAUUGAGGCCUGCUUCAGUCCUACAGAAAUCAAUGAGACAAAGCACCUUUUAAGGACUAAAUAGCUACUUAAUUAUUUAGAACUUACUUUGCCUCAUACGCUGACUAUGUAUAAAUAGAAACAAUGCACUUGGCUUCUUCUCCAAAGGCUCUUUUAACUUGUCACUGGAGGCUUGUUGCCAUUUGGCUUCCUAGCAGAGCCACAUGAUGAGAUGGGUGGCUUCCCUUUUUCUUCCACAGGAGCUGGAGGGGUAUCCGAGGGCUGGGUGUGCAAGGUGGAGGAAAAUGCGCCGGUGUGACUUUGGCCGCUCUUGGGAACCCCACCCUCUCCUUGCCCCUCCUGUGAGCUGAAAGGCAGUGGCCACCAGCCCUUCCUCCUCCAUCUGCCCCACAUAGAGUCAGCAUUCUGGGCACUUACUCCCACUCAGGUCCAGUUGGUGGAAGGAGGAGCUCUUGGUGUCCUGCUGAGAGUGUCCCACAGAGCUCUUUACUGCCUCUUCUCCGUUCUCUCCUCCCCCCAUCCCACGCUCCUCAUGCCUAUACCUGCAAUAUGCCCCGUCCCCCCACUUACCUGGGGAGAAGCAUCAUAAAGCAGAAAGCGUUUCUGUUAGGCACUUCCUGGGUCUCCGAGGCAUUAGCUUCUCCUCUUAGAAAUUAGCCUAAGGCUAGUGUCUCUCGGGUGUAAAUACUGGUUGGUUUAUGCACCGCAGCUGCACUCCUGCCUUCCUCUCUCUGACUUCAGCCGUUCUCCCGCCUGGCCGGGCCAGCGUCCUGCUUCUGCAGUAGCCAUAGCCAAACAUGACUUCCUGGAAAUAUAGCAGCAAUGUAAACCAAGGGCUCCAAAGCAUCCCUUUGGGGCAGCAGCUUUAAGGUUGUUGCCUCAACGUCAGGAGGACAAACAGAAGUAAUAAAAAGCCCAAAGCCUUAAGGAGAUGGGGGAGGGGAACUCCACCUGAACAAGCAGAGAGGCCGGCCUGUGGCCUUGUCUCCGCGGGACGACUCCCUCUGCCUCUGUCCAGGGUGCCCGUUCCUUGAGGGGCUGAAGGCUUUGGUCCCCUUCCAGGGCCACGGAGGCUGCAUGCUCCCCUCUUCCCACCCUCCGGUUGCUGCCGUGGAGAGGGAGCCUGGCUCUUCACUUCUCAGGACCUGAUGAUUUAAAGCCAACUCCUUAUUUUGAUGGCAAUACCCUUCAGAAACUCUUAACUGGCCUGGGCUUUGCAUGCUUGCGAAGAGCCGCUGGAAAGAAUCGGUCAGUAGGACAGGGCAAGUCCUGGGCCCGGGUCAGGUGCCGGCUCAGCAGGAAAUGCUGGAAGCAGCUUUGGGGGUCCAAGGCCACCUCUGGCGCUCUCUUCCUGGCUGACGCAAAGCAACCCUUUUGUUUCUUUAGCCCUCGGUGGGGAGGCUGGAGAGAGAGGCCUUCUGUGGGGCUGGUCCUUUGGAGCCUGACUUUCCCUUCUCAGAAAGCUCCUCCUGGUGGAGAACGAGAAUCCUCUGCAAACCAUCCAAGACGGUUCACCCUGGUGUUCUUCACCAGCAGUAUCUACAGGGUUGUUUUAGACAUGUACGGUUGUAUUUUAAUGUGUAUUUAUAUUUUUAUUUGGUUUUGAGAUAAUGCUGUUACUGGCCCUGAGGCUUUGUGUUGAAUAAACUACUAGUUACUGGGGGGGUAGGCCUUUAGGCAGCCUAUGCAACACUAUUUCAGUAUUUGAUAUGCACAAAUGAGCCUCCCCUAUUUUUCAUCAUUUUAGCCUGGUGUGCUGAGAAACUUGGGAGAGGCAAAAGAUGAAAGCAACUUGAAACUCCUUUCAUUUUGUGAAAAAACACACACCACAGUAUUGUCCUUCAGGUGCCUAUCAGCUCCUGGUCUGCCUUGAAGAAGGGCUUUCCUGGAAUAUUGCCUCCAUGCAGUAUUGGUGUCAAUGGGGAAAUGCCCCAAAUUCUGUACUUGCGAGCGCAGGUGUGAGCAGAAAACCACCCAGCUUUCUCCUCCUUUUCUGCGUCCACUACUCUGGUUGACAUUGUCUUGCCCUCCCUGCAGAAAGGAAGAGCAGGCCCCUCCCCACACCAGGCGAGGAGGAGGAGGAGGAGGAGGCAGUGGCUUCACAGAGUUUUGCUUGCUGGGAGUGCCAAAGGCCGUCCUUCACUACAGUAGCUUAACUGUAAAUAGCCUGCAUACGUCUGGCUCUAAAGACACACACACACAAAAAAAAAAGUAUGUGUGAAAUACUAUAUGUAUAUAGAAGGUAAAUAUACACAUUCACUAUGACUUGUUACUGCAGAUCUGUAAUCAAUUGUAUAUUAAACAGUUUUCCUGUACUGG